AGCGAUCAGCAGCAAAUGUCGCCUCCUCCUGGACCCUACUCCGGCACCAGCACUCUCGCCUUGGUGGCUCGUGCUUCAGCCUUCACGUUUGGAGUCGUCUAUGGAAAUUUGAAGCUUAAGUAUCUUAAGGCCAGAAUAUUGCAAAACCCAUUCUGGCUACGUAUCCUUCUCAAAUGUCUCAAAUGGCCCUGCUUCUGAUCAUUCCGUUGUGAAG